CCGCCGCCCGCCAGCUCGCCGCCUCCGCAUCAUCUCGCCGUCCCCUGUACGCUCGCGGCCUACCCUCGUCGCGGCCUGCGGCCGCCCACCAGCUUGCCUCCUCCUCCACGCGUCUCUGCACCGUCUCGCCGUCUCCCUGUGGAGUCGUUCGGCUGCAGUGCGCUCAGGGAGGCCGAAGCUCCCCUGCUCGACGUUUCCCUCACCACGCCCUUCACCACCACAUCCUCGUGCCUCGAGACAGUCUCCAAUGUCGCCGUACACGUCAAGCUCCGCAGUGGCGCCGUCCGCUAGGUGGAGGCGCCCGAACUGCCGUCUGUCACGGCCAGGGACCAGCCGGCCACACGCGCCGCCGCAGGACCAGCUUGCGACGCGCUCGUGGGAGCACCAGCGGCGGCGCUCGGCGCGAUGCUCCAUAAAUGUCGGUGUCCUUCCUCGACCGGUGUCCAGCACGCGAUGGAACCAGCCCGCCAAUGGCAGCUGCGCGACUGUCGGGGGCGGGGCCGAAGCCCAGGGGUGGCGGCAGAUGCGCGGGCAGGAGGAACCCGUGGGCGUGGCUGGCCGCGGACGGGAGCAAUCGCUGGGGAGGCCUUCUUCCUGUUCUAAAGGCCCUUCUGGCUCAUGUUCUGCCUCGGUGUCAUCAUCCCAAACAAGCUCUACAAGCAUUCGCAUCCCUGUGUGGAAAUUAUUUGGAGGGGCAUCAGAUACUGUGACUACAGACAUAACGAUUCCAAUCGUGGCCCCAAAUGAAGCUGCACAAUUGGCCGCAAAAUAAUGAGUGCAAGGGUUUCAAACGCUGAAGCUCAAGUUUGGGAAAAACUUGAACUCGGAUAUACAAGUUUGGAAAAACGGUUUGUACUCCUGCAAACUCUGUGCUACUAUAUGAAAUCGCCUUUUGAUCUUUCCUCAAUAUUUCGAAUUUAUUAGCUAUUCAUUAUCUGGGUAUUCCAACUUUAUCCCAGUAUUUCUCAAA